CCCGGUCCAGUUGGGUCCAUCUGCCACACAAGUUCACUUCACACAGACACAAGGAGUGUACUGUGCCAACACACAGGCUUUCCUCUGAGAAUCUCAGUGGAUGAAGAGAAGUCGACCAUCCCUACGGCGAUUCUGCAACAGCAGUAAAAGUGAGGGAGACGCCUUCACAUGACUUCGAAGCGACAGCACUCACGUUGAUGAAUGCAGCAAACAAGCUAAUUGCAAGAACUUUCUACCUGUGUGGGAGUGGAACGCGCCGAGUUACGUUCGACGACGCAAACGAAGGAAUUGUUCACCUGCUGCUCGCGUUGGACUUCCUUCCACACCAUUCCUCGUGGAGAAAUUUCGCUUUUUGGAUAAUAGCUCUCCUUUGACCACUUUUUGAACACCAGCUCAUUUUACCAGCGUCUCCCUCCCUCUAUCUUACUUUCUCAACACCGUUUUUUUAAACUCACUUGUCUUAUCCUAAUGAUGCGGACGGACCACAAAGGCCGAAGUGGCUCUCCUCACAGGAUUUCAUACGAGACUGACUUCCACGCCAUUAAAUGCUCGUUUGACAGUGGGACCGGCCUAAAGCAUGGCUCCGGGGCUGCCUCUUCCCGGAGUUCUUCUGUGCACCACUCAGGUCUACCAACCAGCCUCUCCGACCCCCUUGUGUCCCUCCCCAGCAGUGGUCGAGGGAGAACCCACAGCACAAGAGGGCCUAAAAUUAGGGACAACAUCUUCCUCCAAAUGGACAACCAACAGCUGAGACAAGUUGCUGACUCGGGCCAGUGUAGUUCUAGCGUCACAUCCCUCCUUUCUCCUCAAAAUGCCAACCUGCACCUCCAAGCUUCACCAUUUCCCGCCGCCAGACCGCUGGUGACGGGCUCCGUCGCCAGCAUUUCCACGCCUGAAACCUUCUUGCAAGACAAACCAGCCAGAUCGGAAGAGAUAAAGGACAUAGACAGGGCCGCUCUAGCGCAAAAGUUCUCCGUGACUAGGAAGUUGUUUGAGACAAAAGUGACAGUUGCUGGUCGCGGAGGGCAGUUGUCACAAUGCUCUCUGAGCAAAGAUGAAAAGAAAAGCUGCAAUGAAGACAAAUGCACAAAUGAACACCUCAUAAAUAUGCCUUUGCCAAAGACCUCUUUAACAACGAGCCUUAAAUCUCUGAUGUCAGAUGUCCUCGGCGGGGAAUCAACUAAAUCUCCUUCCAGCGCUGAGGAGCAUGGGCACCCCCCGCUGAGUGAAUCAAAGAAAGAAGAGGCCGAAAGAGCAGUUCAUGACCCUACCUUGAACCCUGAGGAGCCACUCAGGGUAGAGCUUGUCCAAGUGAAGUCGUCAGACAGUGAUGAUAGUGAGGAAAAGGAUAAAGAGCAUCUCGUAAACAACGCAGAGCCUUUCAUGGUUAAAAAUGUAUCUGUCAAUGUAUCUUUUGAAGACCUGGUGGAUGAUGUUUUUGAAGAUCCCAUUUUGGAAACAUCAAAUCCUUGCUUGAUGGAGCUAAUAGCAAGAGACUUUAGCUUCCUUGCAGACAAGUACGAGCAGGUGGAUGAACAAUGUUGGGAGGAGCCGAGCCAGCACACGGAGAACCCGAGCGAGGAGCAAUGCGACAUGGGUGAAGUAUUGCGAGAAAAUGGUGACAAAGAGGAUGUUCAGAAGACUUGUCGACUAAGUGAGGUUAAAAAGAAAGCUUGCGUGACACCUGCAAUGCAGAAAUGUGUCCAAAUGAAGCCACGGGAAGACGAGAGAACAGAAGACGGCAGCAAGGGACAAUUUGUCAUAAAUGGAAGCAGGGAGGUGCUUCUUUGCGGGAAUGAGAAUCAAUAUUUCAAGCAGGAGUCUUGUGUCGAGUACGCGACUUCUCCCGGACAUGAUCUGGAAAGCUCUCUCCAUACGGGCAAGCGACUUUCAUUGGAGUACGAAGAAAUUCCUGGCAUUCCGAAACUGUCUGACCAAGAUGAUGGAGACGGCGCCAAGAGAAAAGUCCGUUUCUCCUCAGCACCAAUCAAGGUGUACAGCACUUACUGUAACGCCGAAUACAACCGGCGCAAUGAAGAUAUUGACCCGGUGUCUGCCUCGGCCGAAUACGAACUGGAAAAGAGAGUGGAAAAGAUGGAUCUUUUCCAAGUGGAAAUUGAAAAGGGAAAUGAUGGGCUGGGCAUCAGUAUUAUUGGAAUGGGGGUCGGAGCGGACCAGGGCCUAGAGAAACUUGGGAUCUUUGUCAAGACGAUCACUGAGGGUGGAGCAACACAUACAGACGGAAGGAUUCGCGUGAAUGAUCAGAUCGUGGAGGUGGAUGGUGUGAGUUUGGUCGGAGUGUCCCAGCUGUUUGCAGCAACGGUGCUCAAAAAUACAUCAGGGCUGGUCAAGUUUGUGAUCGGUCGAGACAAGGAGGGCGUGGAGAGUGAGGUGGCGCGCUUAGUCAACGAGAGCCUCGAAAUGGAGAAAGCAUCACAAAAGAGUUCGAGGACCAGUGGGGAUUCAGAAACUGAUGUCGGCAUGUCUGAGGCCAGCUUAGUAUCUGAGGAGGAGGAAGAUGAUGACGACGACGAAGAGGAAGACAUGUCUGCACUAUCAUGUCUUGAUAACAACCAACUCUGCCUCAAAUACCAGAAGCUUCAAUCCAAAUUGCAAAGAAGAACAGCCCAGCUCAAAAGCGCCCGGGAGAAGUUAAAGGCAUUUGAGGAGGAGCAGGCGAGAUGGAAGAGCCAGAAGGCAGAGCUGCAACAAAAAGUGGAGGAUGGAGAGGAGAAAGCUGACAAGCUUGAAAAGUAUUGGCAGGAGGCCCAGACGCUGUGCAGGGUGGUGAGCCAGCGACUGGCUGAUGCCCAGAGCCAAUCUGACAGCCUGGAAAUCAAGUACGGCAAGGCCAAGAGACUGGUCAGAGAGUACCAGAGCAGGGAGGAGGAGGCGGACAGCAGAGAAGCAGAUUUGCGUCAGGAAAUGGAGGAGAGAAACAACGAGCACAGGGAGACGAUUGAACGGCUUCAACUCCAGUUGGAGCGAAAAGACCCGGCGACGGCAGGGACGCCUCUUGCAGUGGACCCAGCGGUCCCGGAUCCAGAAUGGUACAUCGCAGUUCCCGACACACGGCGACUAGACUGCAGUGCGCACAUCGCACGAGGUCAGCUGGCCCAGAAGUGCAAACGCCAUCCACCUUCACGAGAAAAACUCAAAGAGAGUUUUAAGAAAGAGCAGGAAGUAGAUCAAAGGCCACGCCAGAGCGAAUCGCAGUCCGAAGAGCUUGGACACAGGAGCAGCCGAGCCGAAUUUUCCAGCUCUUCCACGUUCUCGGUUCACAGCCCCGCCGACGUGUCCGUCUUCACGCCCCCGAACCUCAUCACCGACACCAUCGCCACCGUCAUCACCCCCCCGGUUAAACCCUCCACAUCCAAGAAAUCCAAAAGAAAAAUGCCCGACUUUAGUGGUCUUCGUAAGUCUCUAAGCAAGAGGAAGAGUGAAAAACUACAGAGAAUGUCCAGGAACAGCAGGGCGUCGUGUGGCGACCUGGUGGAUGAGCCAGCUGAAGUUUCUCCGUCAGCCUCGGUGACCUCCAUGCCCUCGUGCCUGCCUUUCGCCUGGUUUGCAGAACGAGGGAGGGAGAAAGAGGUGGCAGGGGAGAAGCUCCGUUCCGUGUCCAGCAGUCAUUUGCCUUACUUGACCACCUCUGGUAGAAUAGAUCAGAAUGUUGGCUCUCUAAAGGAUAGCUUCAGCAAAGGGCGUCACGGCUCUAAUCACUCGCUGUGCGGACACUCUCGCACAUUCACCUUUGCAUCCACGGGGACCUUGGACGACGAUCCUCUGCCAGUUAACAACAACUACCGGUGGCAAAGUCGGCCUGUGUUGGAGUGGAGCAGCCAGCAGGUGUGUCUGUGGUUGGUGGCCGUGAACAUGGAGCAAUACAUAAGUGACUUUGCAGCCAAGGGUGUGGACGGGGCGCAGCUUCUCACAAUGGACACCGACAAACUCAAGGCCAUGGGCGUGUGUCAAAGUGACCGCGCGUCUCUCAAGAAGAAGCUGAGGGAGAUGAAGAAACACGAGGAAAAAGAAGAGCGGGGAAGGGAGAAAAGGUGGAAGGAGUCGUCCGUGCGCAAGGAGAAGAAUUUCAAGAGUGAGAGCGUGGUCAUCGAGAACACAUCCGCUCUGGAGUCGCACGGUAGCGGGCGAAGUGCGAGGACCGAGUCGCUCCUCUAGAACAACUCGACAUUUCCACCAGCUUGGAUGAUCUUGGUUAGCGUUUCCCUAAAAACUUUUGAUUAAUUUAUGUUAUGAAGGGAGAACACCCAACAAUUCUCACAUUUACAGCACUUAUCGUUUUUAUACUUUUUACGUAUGAUUUUAAAAUGUCUUGUUUUAAUAAAUACGCUUUAAACGUC